GGAUUCGCUCCCUGUCCUGCUCCGGAAGCGGCGGGGCGAAUGGGAAGGGACGCGGAAGGGAGGCGUGAAAGCGGCGUUGCGCACUCUGCCCAAACCGCGUCCCGAUGGGCAAGAAGGAGCGAGAUAAGAAGAAAUCUAAGAAACGACACUAUGAGGAAGAAGACGAAGAAGAAUAUGAUAUCUCAGGCAAAGAGUCCCAGGAAGCAGUUCCCUCGGCAGCAGGGAAGCAAGUGGAAGAUUCCUCAAACAAAAUAGAUGAAUAUGGAGCGAAAGACUACAGGAACCAGAUGCUCUUAAAGGCUGAUCAUUCCUCACGCCCCUUGUGGGUGGCCCCUGAUGGCCAUAUUUUCCUCGAGGCCUUUUCACCUGUUUACAAGUAUGCCCAGGAUUUUCUAGUCGCCAUCGCUGAGCCUGUUUGCCGACCCACCCAUGUCCAUGAAUACAAGUUGACGGCUUACUCCCUCUAUGCUGCUGUCAGUGUGGGCUUGCAAACGAGUGAUAUCACCGAAUAUUUGCAGAAGCUAAGUAAGACUGGAGUGCCAGAUGGGAUCGUUCAGUUUAUCAAGCUUUGUACGGUCAGCUAUGGGAAGGUAAAGCUGGUCCUGAAGCACAACAGGUAUUUUGUAGAAAGCACCCACCCUGAAGUCAUUCAGCAGCUUCUCCAGGACCCAGUUAUUAGAGACUGCCGGCUGAGGAAUGCAGAAGGGGAAGAAACUGAACUCAUCACUGAAACAUUCACGAGUAAAUCAGCUAUUGCCAAGUCUAGUGAAGGGGGCAGUGGCCCUUCGACGUCGCAAGGGACAGAUGCUCAGGGUAAACCAGGUGUUCCUGCUGACUUAUUUGAGUUUUACGAACAAAUGGAUAAGGAUGAAGAGGAGGAGGAGGAAACCCAGACUGUGUCUUUUGAAGUGAAACAGGAAAUGAUUGAAGAGCUUCAGAAGCGAUGUAUCCAUCUGGAAUACCCUCUACUGGCUGAAUAUGACUUCAGAAAUGAUUCGGUGAAUCCUGAUAUUAAUAUAGACUUGAAGCCAACGGCUGUCCUCCGACCAUACCAGGAGAAGAGUUUGAGAAAAAUGUUUGGGAAUGGCCGUGCUAGAUCCGGUGUUAUUGUCCUACCUUGCGGUGCUGGCAAGUCACUUGUAGGAGUCACAGCUGCCUCCACGGUCCGCAAACGGUGCCUGAUUCUGGGCAAUUCCGCCGUCUCUGUAGAGCAGUGGAAAGCCCAGUUCAAAAUGUGGUCCACCAUAGACGACAGCCAGAUCUGCCGAUUUACUUCUGAUGCCAAAGACAAGCCAAUUGGCUGCUCCAUCGCUAUCAGCACUUACUCCAUGUUGGGGCACACAACCAAGAGGUCGUGGGAGGCAGAAAAAGUAAUGGAAUGGCUGAAGAGUCAAGAGUGGGGCCUUAUGAUCCUCGACGAAGUGCACACCAUCCCUGCAAAAAUGUUCAGGCGUGUGCUGACCAUUGUUCAAGCCCAUUGCAAGCUUGGGCUGACAGCUACUCUCGUCAGAGAAGACGACAAAAUCGUAGACUUGAAUUUCCUCAUUGGGCCUAAACUGUAUGAAGCCAAUUGGAUGGAGCUGCAGAACAAUGGCUAUAUUGCAAAAGUCCAGUGUGCUGAGGUAUGGUGCCCAAUGUCUCCUGAGUUCUACAGAGAGUAUGUGGCUAUUAAAACAAAGAAGAGGAUAUUGCUCUAUACAAUGAACCCAAACAAAUUCAGGGCUUGCCAGUUCCUGAUUAAGUUUCAUGAGCGAAGGAAUGACAAAAUCAUAGUCUUUGCCGACAAUGUGUUUGCUUUGAAGGAGUAUGCAGUUAGGCUGGGCAAACCCUAUAUAUAUGGGCCUACAGCACAGGGGGAAAGAAUGCAGAUCCUACAGAAUUUCAAACAUAACCCCAAAAUCAACACCAUCUUUAUUUCAAAGGUAGGAGACACGUCCUUUGAUUUGCCAGAAGCCAAUGUCCUCAUUCAGAUUUCGUCCCACGGCGGGUCUCGAAGGCAGGAGGCUCAACGAUUGGGUCGAGUGCUGAGAGCCAAAAAAGGAAUGGUUGCAGAGGAGUACAAUGCCUUCUUUUAUUCCCUGGUCUCCCAGGACACUCAAGAAAUGGCAUACUCAACCAAACGUCAACGGUUUCUAGUAGAUCAAGGCUACAGCUUUAAGGUGAUCACUAAACUUGCAGGUAUGGAGGAGGAAGAGCUUAUGUUUUCAUCCAAGGAAGAUCAGCAGCAGCUCCUCCAAAAGGUUUUGCAAGCAUCAGAUAUGGAUGCUGAGGAAGAGGUGGUUGCAGGAGAGUACGGCUCAAAGUCAUCUCAGGUUUCCCGGCACUAUGGCACAAUGAGCUCUAUGUCUGGAGCAGAUGAUACAGUUUACAUGGAAUACCAAGCCUCACGAAGCAGGGCCUCCUCAAAUAAACACGUCCAUCCCCUUUUCAAACGCUUUAGGAAAUAGUACAAGGAGAGUGCAUUAUGCAUCUCUGUCUUCCUGUAAGAAGAGGAGAUAGAUGAGUGAAGCAAACUCGUAUUUCACAAAUGGACUUUACCUUUAUUAUUUAUGUGUGGUAUUUCAUAGGUAAUGCUUUCAGUUUUUAUUUAACAGUUUAAAGAUGAACUUCAGAAUAAUUCUCAGCUGAGGAAACUAUUUUUUGUAUAUGUUUGUAACAAGUACACGGUAAAGGUUCGGAUAUCUGAAAGCACUGAAUAAAAAUAUUCUGUACAAAAACCUCCCGUAAA